UGGGAGGCUGACUGGGUCAUGGGUGUGGCUCCUCCAGGGCGUGCCUGCCCACCUGGGCUCUGCCUGCCGCACAGAAAAUGAAGCUGCAGGAGCCGCUGUCCCCUCUCGACAGGUGCCAUCCGUGCGGUGUUUCGUCCAACUCCGCGACCCUUUGCCUCGGCUGUAAAUGAGCCGAUCGUCGCGGCGGGAAGUGGACGUGACUCCCCUGCAGGGCCGCUAGACCUCCUCUGCCCCUCGGCGACACCUCGCCCGGUGGACAUGGCGAAGAGGGGUUCACCCAGAAGGUCGCUGAAAAGUUUGUUCGCCAGGAGCGAGGCCAGCCUGGACGAAGCGGCGGGGAAGGACGUGGGCAGAAACGGGGGGGAGAAGAAGAAGUUCGUAUUCUACAGGUUGAGGAAAAAGUUGAAGAGCGGCUCUGCCCCCGAGAAGUCAGCUAAUGAGAGCCGGCAGGUGCUCAGUGCCGCGGAGCCCAGUGACGCUGCUGAGGAUGGAGAGGCUUUGGGUGACAACAACGUCUCGGACAACAAGAAGUCUUCUCUUUAUGCCACCGCACCCAGGUCAAAGGGUGGAGCAGCUUUUACUCCUCGGAAUGAGGGCAAACAGUUCAGCUACUCUGAGUUGGACCUCCGUAAGCCCAACAGGUUUGCUACUUUUUCCUUCGGUCGUAGAAAGAAGAAGAAGGAUGAAGAGAAUAUCUCAAAGAGCACUUUUGGUCUUCAUAGCCCAGGCGUUGAAGAGCAAGAGGAGACUCCUCUGGACCUCAGUCAGAUGGAGAUGGAUCAUGCCACCGUGAAGAUGAUAAGUAUGUCUCAACCAGAGCUUGACACCAGUGACACAUUUGACAUCCCUUCUCUUCCCCCGGUGGCCACAAACCAGUCAGGAUCUUACUUCACUGUCACCAACCAAUCGCAGUCAAUUGUCACCAGAGGCACCCAGCCAGAAUCAAAGGCUCCAGUCUCCAGUCUGGCGAACGGCUCCAGUCUUUUGAAUGUGCACAAGGAAACGCUGCAAGCACCGGUGGCUUCCGUUCCUGAGCUCCAGCUAAAUGAUGAAAAAUUGAACAUUCCCGUUCACGAUAACUCCCCCAAAAGUGUUGCCAAAUCCCCUGCUCCUGUGACUGACACACAAAGCAUCUCUGUUGUUGAUACCCAGACUGCAGCUAGCCUUCCGGCUAGCCAGCCUCGAAUCGUGCCUAACACCUCAAAUCACAAAGCAGUUGUCGACGCAGUCUGCGCAAGCAACGACCCUUGUGAUAAUGAUACCCUCAAGCAGUCUUACAGAAAAACAGAGAUCUCUCUUACUGAAUCCGUCAGAGAUACAUUAUCAACCCACCAACCUGAUGCCCCUGACAUAGCUGACAGUAAAGCUCAAAGUGGUGAACCCUCCCUGACAAGCGUUGACUCCAAAACUGAUGCCACAACUACAGCGUCAACCCCUGUUGCUCACCGUGACAAUGACAACUCUGCUCUUAGCACAGUUUCUGCUGGCGUUAACGAAGGAGUCUCAGCUUCUCGCACUGAGCGAUCUACUCCUGAAGCUGCCAAGAGUGUCACCACAACCUCGGCUGUUAGCAGUGAGAAGAAUACUCAUCCCUACAGUGAAGCUGUCAUUUAUGGAGCGUUGUAUGAGUCACUUUUCCCCCAGAGUUUUACCUCCGAGAUUAUGUCAUCCGUCUCAAACCCUCCAUCUCAAAUCUGUACCGAGAUAAGACAUCUGAACACCAGAUCAGAGCCUGUCGUGAGUAAAACCCUUGAUGACUGUCACACAGAAACUAAUGUUGUCUACUCGUGCCUGUCCUCUUCACAUGACCUUGCUGCUUGUAGAAUGGAUGAUGCAAAAAGUAGUCAUAACGACAGACGUGCCGACUUCAAGGUAGUUUCUUCUAAUGAGAGCUCCGGAUUUACCUCUUACCGAAGUUCUACUGCUGCUGAUCUUCGAGCAGACACAGGCAUCCACCACAGAUAUCUCCCUUCCUCUCUCGGAUUGGCCUCUGAACCAGUUGGCAAAGACAUCACUUAUUCAGAGUUGACCCGCUCCCAUUCAGAGGUGAAAUCAGACAGUUUUAGCCUCAUUCGCAACACUGUCAGGGCAGUCCCUGUGGUUCAAAACUCUGCCCCUCCCUUUUCUGACUAUGUGACAUCUCAAGGGACAGCUACUCAGGUUACUGACUCCAAACGGAGAGGGAUCCUGGUCAAAGAGUUAGUCACUGACGAAGCCAUCGCUGACUCUGGCUGUCCCUCUCCUGUCCCUGAUAAAAUGAGCGUAGUUAACAGUCUUGAGAUAAAACUUGAAACGACAGAGUGUUUUUAUGCCGCUUCUGCUUCUGGAAUGACGGAGGGGUGUGAAGCGCCAUUAAGCCCAGCAUAUCUGAGCGUGGGAUCAGAUGAUGGCAGUGCCAUGGAGGUCUACUACAGCGCUGAAGAGGAUAACGCAGAGGAGAGCGGGGAAGAAGAGAUGUACACGAUGGAUGAAAGAGAACAAAUGUGCGUGGUAGACGGUAUGAAAGAGAUGGAGUGGGGGGAGAUUUCAGAAAGAGGAAGAAUCGAGGGAGAUGAGGGAGAUUUGAGGGUGGAAGUUGUUAAAAUGCAAAAUGAGGGAGGCAAUAUGGGUAAUGAAGAAAAGAGAGAGGAUCUCGAUAGCCAAACUGAAGUGCAGGAACAGCUAAGACGUCAGAGGGCAGAAACUCAAGUGCACAAAACUAGAGCAUCUGAGUUUGUUGUAAGCAAUGAUGCAAAAAGUCAGGAGAAAGAAAGAGAAACCAUGGCAGUGCCACAGAAGAAAGAAGAGGGGGAGGGAGGGAGAAAGGAGGAGUUACUGGCCACACCGGUUCAGCAGGUGAACACGCUUAUGGUAUGCGAGGCUGCUCCACCCUCCAGUGGGCUGUGUGUGCAGGGGGAGUGGUCAGAGGGAAACUGGACCGAGGACUUGGAAACAGAAGACCACCUUAAUGGAGAGAAGGAACUCCGAAGCCAGGAGAUACAAUAUCUGGUUUUCAAGGACAUCAGGAGUUCUGAGUAUGAACACGCUGCCUCCAGUAACACAAGUGAGGAAGACGUGAUCACACCCACAUCUAUAGGGGCUGAAGAGCAGAUUUCACUGACUGCAGCUAAGAGAGGAGAAGCGAGCAAAGAAGGCAUAGAAACCAGCAUUAAUGCUACCGCAGGUGCAGACACAGAUACUUCUGCCAGAGCAGAGGUUGUCAGGGGCAUUUUGACACACAGCGCUGAGCUGCAAUCAGAUGCCACAGAGAAUGAACACGACAGGGCUACACACAGCAGUGAGUGGGUGGAUACACUUACCCAGAGCACAGACAGAAGGAGGACAGUGCAAGAGCAGGCGGCAGUCGAGCUGUCAACGUUGAAGGCAGACCCACAACGCCCUGAGACCGAACCCGCAGAGGCGCUCUCAGAGAGACCCGAGAGUCCGGCAGAAGCCCAAGCUGACCUGCAUCAGGGGUCCCUGACAGCUUCAAGGCCCGACACAGCAGCUUCAGGAGUCCUUGCCUCAGAAAGUCAGCAGACGAAAGCUGGCAGGGAAUCGGUCGACAAAAUGAAUUCAGGCUACAGCAGCAUGAGCACCAAACUGACCGUAAGGAACUCGUCUCCCCCGAAAGAGGAUGAAUCCAACCAUCGUUUCCGUGAAGUGUCUCCGACCAGUGAGGCUGUUAGCCUCAACCAGGAUACAGUGGACUUGGGCAAAACUAGCACCACUGUGACUGAGUCAAAUGGAACAGAUCUCGGCUCAGAGUACAGAUGGAGAAGUAGAUUUGAAGGGGUUUCUCAGUAUAAACCAUACAAACCAAAGGAUUCCUCUUAUUCUGACUUUCUGAGUUACAGAAUGCCUGACACCUACUCCAGUAACUCCUACUUGUCUUCCUCCUUUGCUCUCCCUGACGCUACGGCACACAAAAACAUCAGCAACACGUUUUCUUCCUCCUCCUCCUCCUCCCCCCAUUCACAGGGGCAACUUACACUUGGCAACAGGCUGAGUGACAGGACAGAUGUUUAUCUGAGCCAUAAGAGCGAGCCAACGGGGGAACCAAAAGACGAGUGGAGGAGGAGCUCAGUGGAGCAGGAGGAGCCUGCUGCACCUGCAGGUGAGAGAGAGGGACACAGAGAGGCAGAGUCAGAGGGAAUAAAGUUGCACUGUGACUCACAGCAGCUCACUGUGGCCGGCUUCUCCUCGGCACUUCAAACAAGCCACACCGACAGUUUCAAAGAAGAAGACGACGACGACGAGUCAUCACGAUUUACUGGAUUGUUCAAGGCCACACUCGUGGAGCUGGUCUCUGACCCUGCAGCCCCCCCCUCCACUCCCCCUGCCUCCCCUGACGCAGAUUCCCCCAACCAGUUUGACAUGGAUAGCCUGAUGGAUACCCUGAAGAGCAUGGGACCUUCUCUGAGGCCCAGGAGCAUGGCCCCACGUGCAGCUCCUCAGGUCCUUGUUUCUUCCCUGCCUCCCAUCGUCGAGGAUGCUCCCAGCCCUGUCACCUCUGACAUCCCUGCGUCCCUCACCAGUCCCGAAAAAAGGAUGGAAACAACAAGCACCCCUGCCGAGUCCCUCAGGGAAGUUUUCACUCUGCCCGCUGACCUGGGACUGAAGAGGAGCUCCCCCAGAGACACUCGUUUACCACUGGAAUUGAUGAAGCAGAACCAGCAGGACCAGCAGUUGCAGUCUGGAACAAGAGGCAUGAAUUUCCCUCUGAGAGCAUCCGCUUCCAACAGUAUUGUAAUGAGAAAAUCCUCUGACUCUUCCCCUGAGGACUUAAAAUCCCCAGUGCUAAAUGGGAACGGAGUACUUCCAUCUUCCAACACAGGCUCUCGUCUAGACAACAGUGUGAUCUUUGGAAGCUACAGGUCAUCAUCCAUAGAUCAGACAGUGGAAAAUGGAAAGGCCCAUCGCCCACUCUUUGACGCCAGCUCGCUACCAGAAAUCGGGUCUUCGAAAGAUCGCAUGAAUGCAAGAGUAAAGGAGCUCAGUGACCUCAGCCCCGAGAAAGACCCAGUGGGGUCCCGCUUUGAGCGUUUCUCCUUCCGUUUGAGUACCUCAUCCUCCUCGUCAGGCUCCUUGGCUGGAUCUGAAGACCCCAACGCUCAUAUGAGUCGACCUCCGCCACUUAGCAUCAGUUCACCACCCUCCAGCAACAGUCCCACCCGCCUCCUCAGCCCCACCGGCUCCAUAGACCUUCACAGGCCAUUCACCUCUGCAGACUCCCCCUUAUCUUUGUUUGGCCAGACACAGGGGAUGGGGAUGGGUGUAGGUACUGGGACAAUGGGGACUCCCAUCCUGCAUAGGAGCUUCUGUAGUGAGGGCACCGCGGGGGUCCAUCAGACUUCAUUGUUCAACAGCAUGCAUGGAGGGUCUCAGUUCCAAAGCAAAGAACCUGAGCUUGACAGGAAUUUGAUGAUGAAAUACAGAGCCUUCCCUGAUGCUUAUCUCACUAAAGAGAAGGAGCAUGGGAAACUCAAUCCACGUCCUGGAAAGAUGUAUAUAUUCGACCGACCGGGGAUGUGCGGCCAGAGGAUCGAGGUACGCAGUGACGUCAUCAAUGCUACGCCCUGGGAGCUGCAGGAGACCAUCUCCAUCAGGGUCCUCAGAGGAGGAUGGGUGCUGUAUGAGAAACCAAACUUCCAAGGGGAGAAAAUCGCCCUGGACGAAGGAGACAUAGAGCUCACCUACCCUUUCAGCCCUCCAGAGGAGAGGCUGCAGAACGGACAGAAGGAGGGGGAGCAGCCGAGUGGAGAAGCAACUGAUGAGCAGAGCGAGACCAAGCCGGCUAGGAGGUUCAUCAUCGGAUCUCUACGAAGAGCUGUCAGGGACUACAGCGUCCCAGAAAUCAGUCUUUUCCCAGAAGAAAACGCCGAGGGGAAGAAGGUCACCUUCAGAGACACUUCUGAUGAUGCCAGGAUCUUUGGCUUCCCCAUCAAGGCCAACUCUAUCAUCAUUAAUGCUGGGCUAUGGCUUGUGUACGCGCAGCCCUUCUUCCAGGGUGUACCACGUGUCCUGGAGGUGGGGGGGUUCUCCAACCCUGCAGCCUGGAGCGUAGAGCAGCCCUAUGUGGGGUCAUUGCAUCCGCUCAAAGUAGGUGAACCAAGAGUGGAAAAUAUGAUUGAGCCAAUGAUGGUGAUCUACGAAAAGCCGUACUUCACUGGGAAAUCGAGGACCAUAACCACUAACAUGAGAGACUUCAUAGCCAGAACAGAGAGUCAGCAGGCUCUCUUCAUGUACUCUGUCGGUUCCCUUAAAGUACUGGGAGGAAUCUGGGCCGGCUAUGAGAAAGAGGGCUUCCGAGGCCACCAGUACCUGCUGGAGGAGGGCGAGUACCAUGACUGGAGGGUGUGGGGAGGCUUUGAUGCUGAGCUGCGCUCUGUUAGGGUGAUACAAGCAGACCUGACAGACCCCUUGAUGGUGAUGUUUGAACAGCCAGAAGAAGAGCAGGACGGCAUGCAGGAGAACACAUUUGAGGUGACGGAGACCAUCCCCGAUGUUGAGCUGUUUGGGUACAAGACCUCCACGCGCUCCAUCCACGUACUCAGUGGGGCAUGGAUCGCCUACUCUCAUGUUGACUUCUCUGGGCACCAGUACAUCUUAGAGAAAGGUUUCUACAAUAACUGUGCUGACUGGGGCUCACAGGAAACUCGCAUCUGCUCAGUGCAGCCCAUCCUACUGGCUCCAAGUGACAGCUCAAGGAGCAGGAAUACGGUGAAUAUUUUUGUCUUGACAUCCUCAAUAAUACUAUACUCUGAGCCAGAUUUUCAGGGCACGUGUCACAUCUUUGACCGCAACCAGGAAGCGGUGUCAGAAAAAUUACCCACCAAGUCCUGCCGAGUUGCGGGAGGAAGCUGGGUGCUCUAUGAGAAUGAACAGUACUCUGGGAACUUGUAUGUCUUAGCGGAAGGAGACUACCCCAAUUUAACCAGCAUGGGAUGCCCCCCCGGCUGCACCAUCCGUUCCGUGAAGGUCGUACCAAUGAUGUUCUCAGUUCCCUCCAUCUCUCUGUUUGGCCUCGAGUGUCUGGAGGGCAGAGAGAUCACCACAGACACAGAGAUCCUCAGCAUGGCGGAAGAGGGCUUCAACAAUCACAUCCUGUCUAUCAGAGUCAACAGCGGCUGUUGGGUGAUAUGUGAAUACGGCAACUACAGGGGGCGCCAGCUCCUACUGGAACCAAUUGAAAUCACCAACUGGCCAAAGUUCAGUUCACUACAUACUAUUGGCUCAAUGUAUCCAGUCAGACAGAAGCGCCACUUUUUCCGCAUCAGGAACAAAGAGAGAGGUUUCUUCAUGUCCGUCCAGGGUGGUGUGGAGGAGAUGAAGUCGGGACGCGUGGUGGUGACAGCAGAUGUGGAGUCAAUGAGUGACAUCUGGUUCUACCAGGACGGCUUCAUCAAGAACAAGUUGUCCCCAACCAUGAGUCUUCAGGUGAUGGGCAACGUAGAGCCGGCAGCCAAGGUGGUUUUGUGGACAGAGACUCGACAGCCUGUCCAGAACUGGACAGCCCGGAUGAGAGGCCUCAUCACUAGCCUUACUUUCCCUGGCAUGGUCCUGGAUGUCAAAGGUGGCAAAACUUACGACAAGGACCAUGUGGUGAUAAUGAUGGAGAACGAGGAGAGGCCGAGCCAACAGUGGGAGAUAGAGUUGCUAUAAAGACCUCAUGCUCUGCUGUUCUCAGCUGUCUUAAGCAGCGCGCCAACCGUGCUUUUCUUUACAUCUCCAGAAUAUUUCCCUCAACACUCUGGGAACGAGCUGCUGUCACUGCCGUAUGAUGUAAAUUACUUCAGUGCCUGUACAUUUUUUUUUUUUCUGAACUCCGUCAUCCAUGUAACUAGUGGGAACAUGACAACAGUAAGCGUGCAGUUAAGCAGUACAAAGCCUCAAAAGCUGCACCAGAAAGUUUAGGGCUUUGCAGAGUUUUGUGUUUUUGUUAGUUUGUUCUCAUGAAAAUUGAUCCCGUUUUCCUCCAAGUCAGAUAGUGAUCGUCUGUAUUUAAGGACUACAACAAAGAGAAGUGUAAGUGCCUUGAGAUGCUGCAGCGACUGGUGUCAUCACAUGAGUUGAAAAGCAAGAUUAAAUGUAUUUUUUGAGGAUGUACUAAGCUACGUAUACAAACCCUGCAUUGACGGGCCCAUUCUCUUGACUCCGGAGAUCGACCGUAUCAUUUGACCUAUUCCGCGACUUGGACUUUUACCUUUGUCAACAAUUUGGGUAUUCAAACUAGGAUCUCCCUGUUUGUAUGAUUCCAGGCUCAUGCAAAUCUCCUGAAUGUAGAAGCACCCGUAGUUGAUGACUUUAAAAGUUUGUUUGCAAUGGAUCAAACCAGGUUUUAAAUUGCUUCUGGACACUGUUUUCCUGGAGUGGACAGCAAGUGGCUGCCAAUGCUUUAUACUGAUACUGGGUGAACGAAGCCAAAAGAAUGUGUAGUAUGCAACUAAUGUGUGUUAUGCUUUUUUAAAGAUAUUUUUAUAUGUAUGUAUCACUUUGUUUUGUGGGAAAUGUUCCAGUUAUGUAUACAGUGUAUCACAUUGCCUGCUGCAGUGCAAUGAAAUGGGUUGUGUGUGUGUGUCCAGCUUCUGUCAAGUUACUCUGUUUCUUGUCAUAUUUUUACCCGCAUCAGCUGUAUGUUAAUAUUUGGUACUAAAGAUAUCAUAUCAAAUGUGAUGUAAAAGGGAGUGGUUUUAAAAUACUGAAAACAAAAAUAAAUAUUAUGAAAUAA